AAUCAGGCGUUGGUGGCGUAUUACGGCUGCAUGAAUGCUGGCAUGUUUUGCUGCGCGCCCCAAAACAUUUGAAGUCAAAGUCAUUGUGCAAUUACUUGAGUUAUUAUUAAACUGAUUUGUUUAUUCUUUUUAAAUAUGGCUGCAGACAGAUCAAUGCGAUCAGUGUUUGUUGGUAAUAUUCCAUAUGAGGCUACAGAAGAUAAAUUGAAGGAUAUUUUCUCAGAAGUUGGACCGGUCUUGAGCUUUCGCUUGGUGUUUGACAGGGAAACUGGCAAACCUAAAGGCUAUGGGUUCUGCGAGUACCAAGACCAAGAAACAGCACUUAGUGCUAUGAGAAACUUAAACGGCUAUGAGUUAAAUGGACGCCAACUGCGUGUUGACAAUGCUGCAAGUGAAAAGAAUAAAGAAAUGGAUACUGGAACUGUAACUGUUUUACCAGAGUCACCGUUUGGAGAGGCAGUCACACCGGCAGAGGCACCUGAGGCCAUCUCUAAAGCAGUUGAAAGUCUUCCGCCUGAACAGAUGUUUGAGUUAAUGAAACAGAUGAAGACGGUGAUUCAAAAUAAUCCGGUUGAAGCACGUAAUAUGUUGCUACAGAAUCCGCAGCUAGCCUACGCUCUUCUGCAGGCCCAAGUGGUGAUGAGGAUUGUCAAUCCCGAGAUAGCUAUGACCUUGCUUCAUAAACAGAAUGACCCAACUCCACCUUUGCAGCCCGCCGCACCAAUCCCCGCUGGGAAUCCACCACGAGGUGGUCCCGUUUCACUUGGUGGUCCCCAUGGCAUACCAAGAUUAAAUGUACCGAUGCCUGGUGCACCAAUGCCUGGUCCCCCAAUGACCAUUCCAAACCAAAUGCCAAGCCAGCAACAGUUACUGAGAGGAGGCUUACUUGGAGAUGGCCCAAGAGGUCCUCCUGCACAAGAAAGAGCACCGGACAGAGGAGGAAUGAUGGAUCGAGGCAUGGAGCCGAGGGACAUGGAGCCCCGAGGCAUAGAACCCAGAGGAAUGGAACCCCGUGGCAUGGAGCCGAGAGGCAUGGAGCCGAGAGGCAUGGAGCCGAGAGGCAUGGAGGCCCGUGGCAUGGGGCCUAGAGGAUCUGACAGACCAAUCGACCAUCAUGGGUCAACAGACAACCGAGGAUUACCUAUGGAUCGGCGUGGUCCGGGAUUUGAUAGAGGGUUCGAUAGAGCUCCUGAGUCGCGUGUUCAUGACCCAAGAGCACCGCAUGAUUUCAACCGGCAAAUGGGGGCCCAUUCAAUCGGACCGUCUGGGGGUCAAGGAGGUGGACACCAUCCAGGAGGACCUCAGCAUAAUGUACACCACGGACAGUCACCACUACAAAUGCCCAGUGGAUUGCCACAACCAGGACCCCAAAGAGGUCAACCAAACCCAACGGCUCAAGAGCAAGAGAAGGCGGCUCUCAUCAUGCAGGUCCUGCAACUUUCAAAUGAACAAAUCAACAUGCUGCCUUCGGAACAGAGACAGAGCAUCAUGGUCCUCAAAGAACAGAUAGCAAGGAGUCAGGGACAGCUUCCAUGAAUCUUGUUUCUACACAAUUCUUCAAUUGUCUCUUUAAAUUUGUUUCUAAAUGUCUGUCAGAAGUUUAACACUGUUGUACUUCAUCAGACCACGUCUGAUGAAAUAUUUAUCAAUUAAUACCCAUGAAAUCCAAGUAUCUGCUGAGGCAUUGCUAAAAAAAAUACAAUGAUAACAAGCAUUUCUUUAUAAACGUUUUUUUACGAUGACAUAGGACCUAUGAUAGGCCUACUGUACUAUGGGAAUAUGUGAGAAAAACAUGCAUGUAUGUAGUUAAUUCCAUUCGUAGGAGUGUCUGCGUCCGCCGCCAAAACUUUGCGUACUAGACGCAAAACCAAAGCUGUCAUACUUUUAAACAAGCCUCCGAUCUUGGAGGUUUUGCGUACUAUACGCGAAAACUUGAAAAAAUUGGUGGGUUGAUUAAAAGUUUUAAAAACUCUGAUUUUGGAGUUUUCGGGUAUAGUGCGCAAAACCUCCGAAAUCAAAGUUUUGGCGGCGGGCACAGACACUAUUAACUUCUGAACUUGAACAUUGGAAAGGGCAUGGAAAGCGCCACCCCAUUUUAAGCCUCCAAAAAUGGUAUAAACUGUCCUACAGUUAAACACAAUAUCGUUAACUAAACUAAUAAUAAUUAAUAGAGUAAUAACGUACACAAGAAUGUCUCAAAGCACCUACAACGUUGUUUCAUGGAUCCAUAAAUCAGCAAACAGCACAAAGUGCAACCUCUACUUUUUUUUAACUGAAAUUACCCCAAAUAAGGCUCGAAAGCCACUUCUAGGUAAGGGGUUACUUAACUACUAUUUUACUUAUGUGCCAUGAAAAUGGAUACGGGUAGGACUAAAACAUUGCCUGAACCACUUGACAGCCUGUCAAAAUUGCAAGUUGGGGUAUCUAAGCAUGGCCGGCUGAGAUUUGGCAUCCUGUGGUUUGAACUCCUGACCACAAGUUCAACAAUCAGAAUGGAAACCACAUUGCCAAUUUGCCUUCCCCAUAUACCUUGAGAGUGUACCCAGUUAAUGUUGUCAUUAAAUAGCACAGUGAUACCAUUCAAAGCCAACACAUUCAAAGCCAUCCAAUCUAAUAUAAAGCGCAUUAUACAAUGUAUUGUGCAACAAUUUGAGCGAGCGCUCAGAAAAAAAGAAACAGAAAACGGUAUACAAAGAAGAACCCAUUUAUAUUACUGGGUGAAGAGAAACAAACACAGAUAAAGUGCCUUGCCCAAGGAUACAAGUUAGCGGAAGGCACGACAUGAGAUUCAAUACCCCAACCUUAAAGUUUGGGGCCGUAACUGGACCCGCUUAGCCAACAGUGCAUUUUGUAACUAUAAUUAUUUUUUCCAUUCGAAUAUUGUUUUUGUGUCAAUAAAACACUUUCAAGCGUA